AUGAUUCGGUUAGUUUUUUUUUCAAUUCUUGUUCUCAUCUUUCCAUUUGAGGUCUACGCUUUUGCUUUGCCUCGUGGCCGCUGUCGCGGCUGACACCGGCCUGGAUGCCAUCCAGGUUUUCGAAUUUUUCUUCUCGGAAAAAAAAACGAUUUCAUUUUAGCCAAUGUCUACGAGCACCUUCCAAUGCUUGGCUAACAACGGAUAUUCUUUUUUCGUGGCUCGAGUGUGGGAAAGUGUUGGAAACUACGAUAACACUGGCAUUCAAAACAUCAAGAAUGCUCGUGCUGGUGAUUAAUUGUCUACUUCGUUUUAAUAAGCUACCGUAAACCACCACUCGAAAAAUUUUGCAUUUUUUUAUUAGACGUUUUUGGAAAUAUUCCAUUUUGAGACAAAACACUACUGAGACUGAUUCCCUUUUUUCAUGAGAUUCUCUUCCAAUAAUUCGAAAAUUCUACCGGUAAAGAAAAAAAAAUUACAGCUGGAUGGAAGUACGUAGACGGCUACAUUUUCCCGUGCUUGCGAUCGACCUGCGCUUCUCCCGAAGCUCAAGUUCAAGCCACCGUCAACAAACUGAAAGCCUCCGGUGCUCAAUAUGGAAUGCUGUGGCUCGACAUUGAAAUUCUCGCCUGGCCUGCUGACAUCAACCAUAACAGAGACUUCAUCACUCGUCUAGGAAAUGAACUCAACGUUUGUGAUUGAAGAGCCCUUCAGAAACAGAGAUAUAAACUUCAGGCUCUUGGCGUCAACUGGGGAAUCUAUACCAACAAUCACAACUGGGGAAAUAUUGUUGGAAUCGACUGGAAUCAAUGGCACACUCGUCCGCUUUGGUGGGCUAACUACAAUGGACAUCAAGUCUUAUAUCUCACUUUCGAAAAGAUGAAAAGCUUCAAAAUUUCAGGAUUACACCGGUUUUGUGCCUUUCGGUGGCUGGACCAAGCCCAAUAUCCACCAAUAUGCUGGCGACUACAAGGGUCCAUGUGGAGUCGACCUCGAUCUUAACUGGUAUCCGUAA